ACGGAGUUGUAAUGAACAGAGAAAUGGAAGGACUUGCAUUAAUUUUCGUAUGCCCUCCCAACUCCCAAGUAAUAACUAACAAAUGUACCGAAUGCUAUACAUGAAUGUGUACACACCCAUAUGAUCAAUACUAUUUAUGUAAUAUAUUUCCAUUACGUAUCUUACAACAAGGAUAAAAAUAGAAGAAAAGAGAGAAAAUAUAAAGUAAAGUAAAACAAUAUAAGAGAGGAGACAAAAAGAAAAAGGAAAAGUGUUAUAAAGAAUUGUAGUAAAAAGAGAAGAGUAUUUUAUUAUUUUUUUUUGUGAAUAAAAAGAGAAGAGUUAGUAACAACUAUGUGAUAUAUAUUUUUUUUCUUGUUUCUAUUAAAUUUCAUUAAAGAUAAGAGUCGAUGUGAAUGAUAUGAAUUCAAUCUUUUUAAAUAAAAUCUUGAUAAUGAAUAAAUUAUGGUAGUUGAAUAAAGAAUGAGUCUGAAUGGCCUUAAGUCACAUAUAAGCCCAAUAAUACUGUAUAUAGUAAGUUGGGUAUGUUCACCAAGUCUUAUAACAAUAGUGACCAAGUUGAUGUUAUUUUGUAAGAUCAAUUUUAGGUCUUCUAGAUAACAAUAUGCAAAUUGUGACGAGUAAUGCGAUAAGAAAGAAAGAAAAAUGAAAUAGUGUAAAUGUAUAAUCAUAGAUGAAAGAAAAAAAUGAAUGUAUGCGUAGAACCAUUGUAAUAUCAUUAUGAUGGCUUCAUUUUACUGGUUAAAAUGAAUGUAGCAAAUAGACUUCCUUGGGAAAUAUUACAAGACAGGGUGCUUGACGUGUUCAAAGUUGAAACAGUGGUGAGCAUGUUGUUUUUCCUCCCUUGAGAAGAAAAUAAAAACCAAAGUAAACGAAUUCCCAACCUGUGAAGUUGUUCAUGUGUUUUGGUUUUUCUCUUGUUUUGUGGUCGAAGAUUUUGUCCCCAUGUGAUACAAGUUGGAGUUUCGAGUUGAGGCACGCUAAACGAGGUCUCAAAGUCCAACAUUUAUAAUACAUCUUCUGCAGUGCAUGUUUAUGAAUUGAUGGGGAAAUAAUAAGGGUAAAAAGGCAUGGCUGAGUGUAUUAUGGGGUGGCAUUCAAUAUCUGACCCACGUUAGGACACCUUUUUCAGCUCCACUGCCACAUAUCAUCUCUCUCUCUCGCUCUCUCUCACACAAACACUGUUCUUUUCUACCAUUCUAUCAAGCUUUUAGUAUUUAGUUACACUCAAAACAAUUCACUGAAUCCUUUCUUCUGCCCCUCAGAAAAAAUGGCCUUAACUCGAGUGUGUGUCUCCUGCCACAAAUAUAGACAAACCAUUCUAUGCCUCAUUCUCUUUGCUAUUGCUAUUGCUUUCACACCCCAAGGAAGAGCAAUUUCCAGUUUUAUAGAAGUUGCCCAGAAGGACUUGAGAGAGAGGGAAUCAAUCACGGUGGUGUCAAAACCUCAGAUAGGGUCUAGGCCUCCAAGGUGUGAAAAAAGAUGCAGCACUUGUGAACACUGUGAAGCAGUUCAAGUCCCGGUUGCGUCUCAAAUUCAAAGCCAUACAAGACAUUAUUAUUCACCAGCAAAAGCUUCCACAGUUGUUACUAACUCAAGAAGUGAUGACCUUUCCAAUUACAAACCAAUGAGUUGGAAAUGCAAGUGUGGAGACUUGCUUUUCAAUCCUUGACCCAUUUGUUUGGGAACCAAAAAUUCAAAAUGUGUAUCAUUUCAAUUAUCUACAUAUAUCAAGCCUCCCACCUUGUAUAUUGUAGAUAUUUAUUUGGUAAUUAUAUGGUUUCUUUUUUUGCUCCUCUUUUUA